AUGUUAAUUCCUUUAACUGGAGCAAUAUUUCUAAACCCAACACAUAUGGGUGAUUAUUUUGAGUUAAUAAGUUUAAAAGAAUUUGAUAGUACGAUACAAAAACUUAUUAAAAAAGCAGACUUAACUAAAAGCAUAUAUUUAAUAAAAAACGAUGAUGGUGAUAGUCCAACUUAUUUAAAUAACGCUGCUACGAAUGCUUUUAUAAUUAAUAGAUAUAUAGUUUAUGAUGGAAAUAUUAAAAACAAAAUGGUUCUUAAUUCGGUAUUUUCUCACGAAUUAGGACAUGUGUUUAAUUUUGAUGUUGUUUUUAUUAUUAUAACAGCAUUCGCAUUUAUGAUCAUUAAUAUUUUUAUUUUAAACUUUUUGUAUAAAAAAACAUCAACUUUUGAAGUAGAAAACAGUGAAAUAGGCAAAGGAACAAUUUUCUUAAUAUUAGUAAUUUUUAGUAAUAUAAUUCUUGUAAUACCGAUAUUAAAAAUUUUUAAUAAUAUAAUAGUUCAGUUUUUAGAAAUAAGAGCUGAUUUGUUUAGUAAAGACCAAGGUUAUGGAGAAGAUUUAGUGAAAACUUUAUUUUUUUCAGAUUUAAAUUAUCCAUUUAAUAGUAGUUUAUUAUACUCAAUAUCGAAUUAUAAUCAUCCAACUCCGUAUUUUAGAUCAACAUAUUUAACAGAAUAA